CAAACGUAAAGGUAACGCUUCUGCAUCUAUCAAUUUCAAUCACUCUAAUCUUAGAGUACUUUUCUUCUUCUUCUUCUUCUUCUUUAAUUCCAACAACAAAAUCUCUUUUACUUCUCUUGAUGAUCUAAAUUUACUUCACUCACUCAUUCAUUAAUUUCUUCGAACCAAAACCCAUUUUACAAUUUUAGGCCCUUUUGAGACCUUUUAACUUAGUGAGUGUGUGUAUACGUUAGGAUUUUCCAUUUCUCUCUCUAUCUCUUUUUUUUUUUUUUUAAUUAUGAUUUCUUUUCAGCUUUCCCUAAAUCUCUAUCUUUUUCUUUUUCACUGCUAAAAAAAUAAAAGAAAAGAGAAAGAGCCAGAGAGGAGAAACCCCGCACUUCUCACAAAAUUCAAAGAUUGUAUCAGAAGCAAAGAGAGGAAGGGAAAAGAAAGGAAUGAGAGAGAGAGGCAAAGCUUUGGAAGCUUACAACAAAAACGACAUGGAAUAUUACUCAACGACAUCCGACAUGCCAUGCAAGAAGCAUCCUUCUUCGUCUUCUGUUGGGAUCUGCGCUUACUGUCUCAAAGAUCGCCUCGUGAAGUUGGUUUGCUCCGACUGCGGCGAGCAGAGGCUUUCUUCUUGCUCUUGCUCCGAGAUCUCCUCCAACCGGAACUCCUGCACUGUCGAGGUUGGGAGCGUCGGCCGAGUGUCGUUUCUGAUCGAGAAUGAACGAAGCGACGUGUCGUUUUCGGGUAAUCCCAUCAAGAACGACAACAGGAAGACAGCGACGACGGCCCAGGUGGGAAAAACAGAGGAGGGUCAGGGUCUGGUGCUGAGGAGGAGCAGUAGUAGCUGCGUGGAGAUCAAGCGAAGUGGCUUUUGGAGAUUUGGGAAGUUUUUCAGAAAGAGGAAGGAAAAAGAUUGUGGGAACAAAAGCGUUGGUGGGUUCGAUGACAAAAGUGAUUUAUGGCUCGUUGAUCAUCAUAAUCAGGGUGUUUCAAGAUCGAGAUCUUUAUGUAGUUUCAGGGGUGGUGGUGGUGGUGGUGGUUGGUUCGGAUCAGAGGACGGCGGAGAUUUGAUGGUCUCUGGCGCUCGUAGCUCGAUUUCGGGAGCCCGGAGUUCGAACGUAACAGCUUGUAUGGUUUUGGACUCGGGAAGACGAAGUGGGUUUAGUGAGGCAGAGCCGAGAAAGAGUGGUUUCGAUAGUGAAAAUUUGGUCUCUGAGUUCGGUAUGAGAAGAAUAGGUCUUGUGGAGGUUGAUAGUACUAAUAACAAUAAUAGUUAUAACAAUGGUGGUUUCAAUGGAGGGAUCAACAGACGUGUGUUCUCGCUUAAGGAGAGUGAUUUUAGUGGAAUGGACGAUUCAGGUUUCAUUGAUUUGAAACUUGAUUACUCUGCUGAGUCAAAUUCAAAGUUUGAUCAGUUUUCCACUUCCUCGAUGAAAACGGCUGUCAACAUAUCAGAUUCCGAGUCUGCUUUUGGGAGCAUGAGAAGAGGUAGUGAGUAUGGUAUCAAUGAAUAUGGAGACCCUUUUGGGAGUAGUGCCGCCAUGGGAGAUGGGAUUUUCAAUAGAGGAGGUUCUUGUAGGAUCACAGUCAAUGACAGAGGAUUGAAGAAAGGGAGGAAGAGCUUGAAGGGUUGGCGAUGGAUUUUCAGGCAUCAUCCGAGCUGGGUAAGUUCAGGGAAGAAAGAUGAAGAUCUUAUGUUCAAAACUUGAUAAAUUCCAAACAAAAAAAAAUUGUAGUAGAAAUAAAAAUGAGAAAAAAAGAAGUUAAAUUUGUUUUAUUCAGAUUACAACAACAAUAUAAUUAUCUGUGUUCUUAUUCCUCUUGUUUUUUUCCCACUUGUAACAAAAUUAGUCACACUCACUUCUCUUUUAGUUUCUAUUGUUUUUGUGCUUAUGUUCA